AUGGCUAUCUUCAGCCUCCUAGAGCGCCGCAUCGGGCCCGGCAAUCCCUCCGUGUUCGACAUGUCGGAUAUAUCUUGCUGCUCGCAAUGCGCCGAAAUGGGCCAGCAGCAACAACAUCGCAUCGUCGAGUUCCUCCCCGGCGACCCGACGAACCCUAUGGAGUUCUCGGCCGCCAAGAAGUGGUUCAUCACGUCCAUCGUGACAACAUCGAUCCUCGCCAUCACGUUGACCUCGUCAGCCUAUUCCUCGUCAGCCGUCCAAGUCAUGGCCGAGUUCGACGUCAGCUCCGAGGUGUUCGCCCUCGGCAUCUCCCUCUUCGUGCUGGGCUUCGCCGUGGGGCCCGCGCUCUGGGCGCCGCUUUCCGAGCUGUACGGCCGGCAGGUCCUGUUCGUCGUCACGCACGGCUUCGUCACGGCCUUCGUCGCCGCCUCGGCGGGCUGCAACUCGAUGGCCUCGCUGCUGGUCUUCCGCUUCCUGGCCGGCACCUUCGGCGCGUCGCCCAUGACCAACUCGGGCGGCGUCAUCGCCGACAUGUUCCCGCCGGCCCAGCGCGGCCUGGCCCUGACCUUCUUCUCCGCCGCGCCCUUCAUGGGCCCCGUCUUCGGCCCCGUCAUCGGCGGCUUCGUCACCGAGACCGUCGGCUGGCGCUGGGUCCACGGCGUGUGCGCCAUCUUCGUCGGCCUCGUGUGGAUCGCCGGCUCCCUGCUGCUGCCCGAGACGUACGGCCCCGUGCUGCUCAGUCGGCGAGCCGCGGCGCUGACGCGCGAGACGGGCCGGCAGCACGUCAGCGUGCUGCACGCGGCGCGCGCUGGCAGCGGCAGCGGCAGCGGGGGCGGCGGGAGUUCGUCGCCCGCCGCCGUCUUUGGCCGCGCGCUCAGGCGGCCCUGGGCGCUCCUCUUUCUCGAGCCGAUCGUGCUCGUCGCGUCGACCUACCUCGCCAUCCUCUACGGCAUCAUCUACAUGUUCCUGGGCGCCUUCCCGAUCGUGUACCAGCGCAACCGCGGCUGGAGCCCCGGCGUCGGCGGGCUGGCCUUCCUCGGCCUGGCCGUCGGCAUGCUGCUCGGGCUGGCCUACACCGUGCUCGACAACGGGCGGUACCAGCGGCUGCUGGCGGCGGGGCGCGCCACGCCCGAGUCGCGGCUGCCGCCGGCCAUGCUGGGCGCGCUGGUGCUGCCGGCGUCCAUGUUCGCCUUCGCGUGGACCAACGGGCCCGGCGUGCACUGGGCCGCCAGCAUCGUCCUCUCGGCCCCCUUCGGCUUCGGCUGCGUGCUGGUCUUCCUGUCCAUCCUCAACUACCUGCUCGACGCCUACACCAUCUACGCCGCCUCGGUGCUGGCGGCCGGUGCCAUCCUGCGGUCCUUCUUCGCCACCGCGUUCCCGCUCUUCGUCUCGCAGAUGUACGCCAACCUCGGCAUCCACUGGGCCAGCUCCGUCCCGGCGUUUCUGACGGUCCUGUGCAUGCCGUUUCCGUUUCUGGUGUACAGGUACGGCGCGGCGCUGCGCAUGAAGUGCCGGUAUGCCCACGAGGCGGCAAUGCUGCUGGCUAAGAUGCGCGGGACCCAGUCGGGGGAGGCCGCCGAGGAGACGCCAGCGUCUGCUUGA